GUGGAGAUUUGUAAGAAUAGUUUUUUGAAAAGAGUAAAAGGGUUAGUAAGUAAUAAAUUAGGGCGAGAUGAAUGGAUGGGAUGGGAUGGGAUAUGAGAAGAGAAGAAUUUGAGUGAGGAAGAAAGAGUAGCGUAUAGAAGCAAAAAAGAUGCGCGGAAACGGAAUCGGAAUCGAAGAGCAGCGAUGGGGAUCAACCGCCGUACCAGCUCCGGGUAUUAUUCGGAAGAAAGGAACAAGUGUUCGUCCAUGGUUAGUCGUGGAGGGUAGCGGAGAUGCAGAGGUUGUUGAGGUCGGUAAACAUGCCAUCAUGAGACGUACUGGACUCCCCGCUCGUGACCUUCGUAUCCUUGAUCCUCUUCUCUCUUACCCUUCCACCGUUCUCGGAAGAGAAAGAGCUAUUGUCAUCAAUUUGGAACACAUCAAAGCUAUUAUUACAGCUAACCAAGUUCUUCUUCUCAAUUCAAGAGACCCUUCUGUUACUCCUUUCGUUCAAGAACUUCAAGCUAGGAUCCUCCGUCAUCACCAAGCUACUACUAAUCAUCAUCCCGAUGAAGGAGGAAUUAAGAUUCUUCCAUUCGAAUUUGUCGCUCUUGAAGCCUGUCUUGAAGCUGCUUGUAGCGUCUUGGAGAAUGAAGCUAAGACGUUAGAGCAAGAAGCACAUCCUGCUCUUGAUAAAUUGACAUCCAAGAUCAGUACUCUUAAUUUGGAACGUGUUCGUCAAAUUAAGAGCCGAUUGGUUGCGAUAACUGGUCGUGUUCAAAAAGUCAGAGAUGAAUUGGAACAUUUGCUUGAUGAUGAUGAAGAUAUGGCUGAGAUGUAUCUCACUGAAAAGUUACUUCAACAGCAAUCACAACAAACUUCUUCUGAGGAAGACACUGUUGUUGAUGAUACUCGUCAUGAUGAUGAUGAUAAUAAUGACAUGGAUAUUCAUCAUAGAGCUGAAAUAUCAUUGGAAGCAGGUGUAGGAGGAGGUGUGGCAAGUUAUGAGGAGGAAGAAGACAAUGAUGAUGAUGAUCAUCGUAAUCUAAGGGAUAUCCAUGGAACACACGCAAGCACUGUCUACAGUGCCGCCACCAUCAAGCUUGACGUUGAGGAGCUUGAGAUGCUCUUGGAAGCAUACUUCGUUCAGAUUGAUGGCACUCUCAACAAGCUCUCCACGCUGAGGGAGUAUGUUGAUGACACUGAGGAUUACAUCAACAUAAUGCUGGAUGACAAACAGAACCAUCUUCUCCAAAUGGGAGUCAUGUUGACCACGGCAACUCUGGUAGUGAGUGCCUUUGUUGUUGUGGCUGGUAUUUUUGGCAUGAAUAUUCAUAUUGAGCUGUUUGAUGAUAAAUUGUAUGGGAUGAGGGAGUUUCUCUGGACUGUUGGUGGAGGCACUGCCGGGACCAUAUUCUUGUAUGUGGUUGCCAUUGCCUGGUGCAAGCACAAAGGCUUGCUAGAAUAAGGUGCACGCCAUUGUGCUCCAUACAAUAAUGUAAUUUACGUUCUAUACAAUUUUAUUAUAAGUCUUCUAAAGCAUCUGUUUGCUUAUUAUACAUGAAUGAUCCUUCCACUACUUUUUCUUGUACAUCAGCACUUGCUGCCAGUUCUGUUAUUGACACUACGAUUUCACUCUGUGAUUCACAGAUUUUUCAUCAUAUUUGUUUUUAUGCUUGUUUUUUGUAUUCUCUAUA